AUGGCCCUCGAAAUGGGAUGGUUCUGGAACAAGACGCAGGACAGCAACAACAACGACGUAGUAAAAAACCUCGAUCCAUCCUUAAAAGACUUCCUCCAGACCGAAGCACCCAAGAAGUUCGAGCAACCCAAAACAGCACCACCACCCGUCGUCGAGCCCACGCCUGCGCCCAAAGAACACCAUGACGACGAGAAGAAACCCCUAGUACCCGCGGAAUCCCUCUACCAAGACGGGCGCUACGCCCAUCUCUGGAAAGGCUACACACCCCUGUCUGUAAUUGAAGCAACGGGCAAGACGGACCAGGAGCAGCUCGCUGAGCUCGUGGACGGGUACACGAUGCGCGAGACACAGCUGAACCGGGCGGCGCAGGAGAACUGCAUCUUCGAGUGGCUGGCGCAGUCGGAGUGCCUGAAGAGCGGCGGCUUCAAGGACAAGUUCACCAUGUGCAGCAAGGAAUCGGCGGUGCUCAAUAGGUGUUUUCUGACGCAGGGCAAGAUGAUGAAGGCGUUGGGAUAUAUCAACCCGCAAGGUCGUACUGUGGAGAGGAUGGAGGAUAUACAGAUACACGCCGAUCGACUGUACCGGAACAUGCUGGAGCAGGAGAAGGCCGUCGAGGAAGCCAAGGAGAAGGGACUGCCUAUCCCCGAAUUUCCACCGGUUAUUGCGAACUCGCGAAUGAAGAGAAUUGCGCUCGGCCAGGCGAAGCCAUUGGAGAAGAGUGAUGAUGCAGAUUUAACCGAGUAUGAGUGGAAGACGUUACCAAAGGAUCGAAUGAUAAGCUACAAGCAAAGGCUGCAGGGCUUGGCGGGCGUGGAGCGAGAAUUGGAAGUGGAAGCCCUGCGAGGGGAGAUGGAAGCGGCACGAGCUCUGAGCCACGAGCUCAUUGCUGUGCAGAAGGCGGAAUCGGAGAGCAGGCACGCACGAGAAGCGGCAGGGCAAGCAACGAUUGGUGAUAGGAUAAAGAAGCUAACAGGGUGGAACUGA